AUGCCCGACGACGAUAAGGAAUUGCAAGAGGCAAAGGAAGAAGAAGAAGACUCCUACGUUUGGGACAGCGAUACUCAGCUCUACUUCCAUCACAGUAGUGGGUUUUAUCAUGACCCAAAUGCUGGUUGGUAUUACUGUAGCAAGGAUGGUCAUUACUACAAGCAUGAAAAUGGUGAAUAUGUCCCCUUGGAAUCUGACGUGAACACUCCUGUAGAAACUGUCACUUGUGAUCAAUCUGAAGAUGACUCAGGCGAAAAAGAUUCUCUAGCUCAGACUGAGAAUAGGUUACCAAUUGUAGAAGAGGAACAUGAACCUCAACGACCUUCCUUAUGGUUGGAAGAUACACUGAUCGAGCUUUAUCUGGCUGGAAAUAAUCAACGGCCUGGCUAUGAGACAGGAGAUGAUGAUGCUGAGGAACUUGAAGAGGGAGAGUGGAUUCCUGAAGAAGAUUUUGAUCCACAGGAAGACAACUUCGAUGAAGCUGCUCCUUCAAAGGAGGAAGAAAUAUGGCAAGAGCAAUAUGGUCAAGUCACUGAAUCCCCUGAGGAGACCCUGCCUGAGAUCUCAGCUGUUGAUUUGUGGGAUUGGAAGCUUGUUUGUGAAUCAAAGGACAAUGAUCAGGUGGCUAGGUUAGUAGGGAGGCUGGUCAGACGGUCCGCCAAUCUUCAUCCAUCUGUGGCUUCCGGUGGCACACUUUUCAAAACUGCACCAAUUUGUGAAGCAAGGCUUCACCUGGUGCGAGUUAGGACAGGACAAGUCUAUAAACUGCGAAAUCCUAGUCCAAAACACCUUGCAUCCUUUUUAGUAUACGACUCGUCCAACCCAACAAAAGAUUGGGGAUUCCCUGAUAUUUCAACUGCAUGGAAGAAUCCUGAGACAAAACGAAAAGCUAAGAAGGUGAAACCAAAGACCGACUGCAAAGUCACAGUGAAGCCACAAGAUGAAGCCAACGUGAUUGAAGAGAGAAGCUCUUCAUACAGAGAUAGAGCGGCCGAAAGAAGAAAUUUGCAUGGUGGAUAUGGUGUUGGGCCAGGUCAGAAGGGAACAUUGGUGGGCGUAAACUCGGACGAGGAUGAUGAUACUGAUUAUGUAGAGGAUGCUGGAGCGGAAGCAUUGGAGAUUUCAUUUGGAUCUGGAAGUUAUGCAAGGAGGAUUAUGGGAAACAUGGGUUGGAAGCAGGGUGAGACGCUCGGGAAGAAUGCAAAAGGUUUGGUUGAACCGAUACAAGCAGUGGGAAACACUGGCAAUGUAGGGCUUGGUUUCCCUCAAAGGAGAAGGAAAUAA